CCAGCACAGAGGAACCUGAGCCAGGCUGUGGGGGCCAUGGAGACCUUCAUGGAGUCCCUAAACAGGCUGAAGGACAUCCAUGAGAAAGAGGUCCUGGGCCUGCAGAACAAGCUUCUAGAACUGAACUCGGAGAGGUGCCGGGAUGCCCAGAGGGUGGAGGAGCUCUGUGCCAAGAACCACCAGCUCCGGGAGCAGCAGAAGGCUCUGAAAGACAACGUCCGGGUGCUGGAGAACAGGCUGCGGGCCGGCCUGUGUGACCGCUGCACCGUGACCCAGGAGCUGGCCAGGAAGAAGCAGCAGGAGUUCGAGACCUCCCUCCUCCAGAACCUGCAGCAGCUCUUCAUCCUCACCAAUGAGAUGAGCCGGCUGCAGGAGGAAAAUGAGACGCUGAGGGAGGAGGUCACUCGACUCCGGGGCCCAGGGCCCAAGCCCCAGUGCAGGGAGGGUGCCUCGGACCCCACCUCGCCCCCACUGCUCACCUCCCCGGGCACCCGGAAAGCCAUCACCGAGAAGCUCCUGGGAGGUCACGAGGAGGCCGAGGACCAUCACACAGGUGCAGGUCCACGGGGAGAAGAACAGCUGGGGUACAGGAAGUCUCCAGUGAACAAAACCUCCCCAGGUGCCAACUUGCCCGAGCCACGGGCCCCAGACAUGAGCCCUCAGCGUAUCUCCAACCAGCUGCAUGGGACCAUCGCCGUGGUGCGGCCGGGGGCCCGGGCCUGCUCGGCUGAGCGGGCCUCCACCAAUGGGACGCCCCCCACCAGAAGCAGCCCACCCAGCCCACCUUGUGAGCACAGCCUCCCCCUGGACAGCCUCCUGAGGGCCCCCAAACCUUCUGCCAUCGCCUACGAGUCCCUGAAGCACUCCCUCCAGGUGGACAGCCUCUGUCUCCUGAACCACCAUCUGUCCCUGCACCUUCGGAGCCCCAACGGCAGCCCCAGGGCCCCUGCCACAGUCCCCAGUGGCCCCCCACCCCAGGGCCUGAAGGCCGGAGAGGCAGAGGCCUGGGAGGAGCCCUUGGGCCUGCUGGGCCUGCCAAGCACCAUGGUGGACAUACGGGACCCACAGUUGGAGGGGGCGCUGAGCCUGCUCCUGGCCCAGCAGCUGCGAGCACGGGGACAGUCCAGUGGUGCCAGGUUGAGGGCCUCCCCCAGGCCGGGGAAGACGCUGCCUUCCCCUCCAGUUGGCUCCAACUCUGAGGGGCCAGAGGGUGUGGUGGCCAUGGCAGCCAUGCCCAGGAGGCAGCACCAAUGGCCCACAGGCCCAGGCAGCCCCCGGGGGAAGGAGGCCACAGACACAAGGGACCAUGUGCCAGACAAGCCUCUGGACCUCUCGGAGUGGGGCCGGGGCCGGGAUGCCCCCAAGCCCAUGGGCCGACCAGGGUCCCUCAGCCCCAAAACUGCCCACAUUCCCAGUCCUGAGCCACCCCAGGGAGCAGAGCCACUUGCUCAGUCUGAACCUUGGGGACAAAGCAAUGGCACCAAGGGGACCAGAGCACCAAAGCCAGAAGAGCUGCCCACUCCCGAGGACCCCCCACAUCCCCUCCCAGGGCCCCAGCCCAGCCUGCCGUCUCCAGGCAGGAUGGGAGAUGAGUCCAGAGAGAGGCCUAAUGCCAAUGGCCAUCCAGUUUCCUCAUCUGCAGAGUUGUUGCCACUCAUCCUAGUCUGGCAGGCUAGAGAGAGCCCUGCUUCCACUAGACUGCCAGGCCACCAGCCUGGCCUGACCCACGUCCUGCGUCCUGCAGAGCUCAGCAAGUCCGAGGCUCAGCGGCCAGUGUUGAACGACCUGGAUGAGCCAGACACCUUGGACACUGAGUCCACUCCCCACAGCCAUCCUGAGGGAGAAGGAACCCCAGGGGAGCCCCUGACGGCAGCUGAGGGGCCUGGGAGCCAAAGACCCUGAGGAUGACAGCCCAUCAUCACCCAGCAGCAGCAGCAGCUGGGAGGAGACCUAUCGUGCUUUGCCCAGUACUACAGCCUGCCCACCCAAGGCCAGGACAGCCCACACCACCAGCCAAGCCCAGCUCAGAGAGGCUGGGAAAGCUGAGAGAGAGUCUAUAGCUGGACUUUCGAACCCCUCCUUCUCCAUCCCUCUUGAGAAUGACUGGCUGGACCUGCCACCCCAUCUUCUCUCCAGCACCUGCUCACUUGUGGGGAGCAGGAAUUCGAAAGCACAGGAGGCAGGGAUCCUUGGGCCCCAGCCUAGCCCUAACCCUACAGCACACAG